GGAGAACCUCAGGCUAUAUGAUCGAGAACUUGCUGCGUUGCAGUCCCCGCUGACCUGCUGUUACCCAGUGCCAUCCGCACUUUACUCGCCUUGCCGCCCUCUUCUCUUCUCCCUCCGCCCCUCGUCUGCCGUUCUGCGGUUCCGACGUUGUUCUUUUUCUCUAAUCGACACCAACUGCACGCCUCUUGCCCAGACUGCCACCACGUCCAAUCUCGUUUCUAGAUGUGCGUGGGCACUGUGAAAUGGUAGAACGGGGACUGGUACCGGGGUAACGCGAACACUACACAGAGAGACAGAGGCAGAGAAAGUAACAGCGUGCUCGCGCGCGGAUACAUUCCGAAACAUGGCUUCGGCCAAGGCUGUCGUUCCCUCUCGCCGCCCGAGGAGGGUUCGCAGGUUCACGCGACCGUCUGAUUGGCCGGUUUGGAACGCCGACUUUAUCGAGAUGCUGGAGGUGUUGGACCUGCUGCCCUAUAUUACCACGAGCGUGCUGGACCCGGCGGGAUGUGCUGAUGCCCAGACGCGAAUUCUCCGACGGAACAACCGUUUCCUCACUCUUUGUAUGAUACGUGACUCGCUGUCGCUUGAGAUGAAGAACAAGCUGGUUAGCAUGGGCUGCAAUAUUUUCGACUUACACGGGGAUCCUAAGAUGGCGUAUGAUCUGAUUCGCAAGAUUGCUCACCAGGAGGACAGAUCCGAUGACGAGGAUACGGAAGGGCAAGAAGGGAAAGAUGCUGCGACGUCUAUGAUUUCGACUCCGCUGGCGUCCAAUGCCGCCAUGGAAGACCUAGCUGGUGAGGACGGAGACGAGGGCUGGACUCCCGUUGAGCUGGCUGCGCCUCCGAAUUUUAGACAAGCGGCACCCGAAUCGAUACAGGAUCGUAUUGUGCGCGUACGGAAUGACCUCCGAGAUCUGACGGCUUUUUACAACAUUGAAGGUUCGGCAUCACGAUAUGCGCGGCUCGACGUCUUCUACCGGGACGAGUUGUUCGACCUCGAGAGGCAACCCUUUGACUCGUACACCUCGCAAGAAGACAGGGUCGACCACCUCCUGCUUCGGAACUACAUCCGGAGGGCCCGGAGGACCCUCCAGCUGGAUCGCGCGCGGGACGCCAAGUUCGCCGCCUUCGUUGGGCCAUUCGCCAGUCCCAUUACGGCCUGGUGCGAGACACGCCAGCGCGUUGAGCCUAUCGACCCUAAAGAAUUUGCCAGCAGCCUCAAUGCGAUUGUGAAGCUGGUCUCUCAAGCCCGGGACCACGUCAGUCAAAACGCGAACAAAUAUUCGAAGGCUACAGGCUCUCGCGCCGCCCGUACGGUUGACGGUCUCCGUAAUAAGCUCGCCGAGACAUACGCCUUCUAUAAGGAUUACGACCCGCUAUUUGAUUGGUGGGUUGCUGAGCCGUACAAAGUCCUCAACACCGCCUUGGAUGGGAUCGUCGCUUUCCUUCGUGAAGUCUUGGUCGGUGUCUUGCCUGGCGACAAUGACACCAUCGUCGGGGAGCCUAUUGGCAGGGAUGGCCUGCUCAGCGACUUAGAGGCUGAGAUGAUACCGUAUACCCCUGAGGAACUGCUACGCAUCGCGGAGAAAGAAUACUCCUGGUGCGAGGCUGAGAUGAUCAAGGCGUCAGAGCAGCUAGGUUUCGGGACGGACUGGCACGCCGCCCUCGAGCACGUCAAGACCCUGUACGAGCCUCCGGGGUCGUACCCCGCCUUUAUCCGGUCUCUCGUCAACGAGGGCUCCGCGUACGUCAAGAAGCAUGACCUCGUGACGGUACCGCGCAUUGCCGAGGAGGCCAUCCGCAUGACUAUGAUCGAGGCGGAGCAGCAGAAGGUGUCGCCAUUCUUCCUCGGCGGAACCUGGAUGCAGAUGUCGUACCCGACGCGGGAGAUGUCACACGAUGCAAAGCUCAUGUCGCUACGAGGCAACAACCGGUACUUUAGCCGGGCGACCGCGUUCCACGAGAUGAUACCGGGACACCACCUGCAGGUUUUCGUAGGUGAGCGCAACCGCCACUACCGGCGCGCGCUGUUCGACACGCCCUUCUACGUCGAGGGCUGGGCACUAUACUGGGAGAUGGUGCUGUGGGACCGGGGCGACUUCUUCCGCACGGCCGAGGACAAGGUGGGCUCUCUGUUCUGGCGCAUGCACCGGUGCGCGCGCAUCCUCUUCUCGGUGCGCUUCCACCUCGGCCUCCUCACCCCGCAGCAAUGCGUCGACAUGCUCGUCGAAAAGGUGGGUCACGAGCGUGCGACGGCCGAGGGCGAGGUGCGGCGCAGUCUCAGCGGCGAGUACUCCCCGCUCUACCAGGCGGGAUACAUGCUCGGCGCGCUCCAGCUCGUAAAGCUGCGCGAGGAGGCCGUCGGCAGGGUCGGGGCCGGCAGGCUCCCCGAGAAGGAGUUUCACGACCGGAUCCUCAAGGCCAACGUUAUGCCCAUCGAGAUGUUGCGCGCGCUCAUCCUGGACAAGGAGUUAAAGCAGGAUUUUAAAUCCGAGUGGAGGUUCUACGACGGCAAGCUUUGAGGCGCGUGUCCCGUCUACUUCUACGUCGAGUCGUUGCGUAUGCGCUGGCGUAGCACGCUUUAUCAUCGAGGACCGGGCGGCAAUGUGGUUUACGAGUUACGAUAUGUAUGCCGGGGUGAAUGAGAUUACAUUUCGUGUUUUUGCUCAAGGUGUGCUGUAAUGGUCGUCGAGAUUGUACCUGACCAACAACCUCCGCAACCUCUCCGUGAUAGGUAUAAAUGCUGGUCCUUGGGUUCGCGUCCCCCGAACACAAUUUAUUGACUGAC